CCUGAUCCAACCUCUUUGCUAGUACUUGGCUACAGUUGACGCAAGGGAAGCAAAACAGAAUUGUCGCGUGCGGCACGCGAUCGAUAAGCCUUUCCCAAGUGACACUGCAGGUGUUAGUCAGAAAGCUUGUUGCAAUGGUUAUUCAACAGACUUUUUCACUAAGGCCCUGUUAGCUGUCCAGAUCUUUACAGCCGAUAUAAGGCAGCACACCAGACUGAUAUGACAAGGCUUGUAUUGUGUAUCCCCAGAUAACGUCUUCGUCAUAUUUAGUUGUAUAAUGAUCUUACCACUGUGGCGCUUCAUUGAUUGGAGAAGACCGCCGUUGCUCUUGCAGCCUGCCAUAUACAUCCUCGUCCCUCGAUCAAACAUCCCUUUUCAAGGACGCACAGUAUGGGUUGAGAGUGCUGCUACAGAGCUGCUCAAAGAUUCAGAGUUCCCGCGUGAUGGAUUCGAAUCAAAUGGCGGCGUCGUGCAUUGUCGAUCACGUAUACAAUAUGCCUACCGUCGUGAAGGUACACUGUUGAACAUUUCCCAUUCGACAAUCGUGCUGGGGGUUACAUCGUGUUUGCCUCCUCGUUGUCUGUUUGAAGAUUCACCAGCUGACAUCGAAUUUGACCCUCAGUCUACAAUGGAGGGGACCGUGCAUGGUUCUGAGCGCGAAUGCAGUUUCCACAUCUUCAACGGGAGAUUGUUUUCGAUAAUCAUGAACCUUGAUAACCGCCAUCUUUGCCUGAUAUUACCGGCUCAGGGUCCAAUAUAACUAAAGUGUGC